UUUCUGUUUUACCUGCGAAAUUCGACGAAAAAUGGCCGCCGUAGUAGCGCAGAAAAUUAGCAAUUGUUUCCAGACUUGUGUUAAUGGUCUCAACUAUCGCUACGAGCCACAUGUGCGCCACCACCUCUGCAAGGUGUACAUGAUCAUCGGAAGCACCGCAGCCGCGACAGCUGUGGGAAGCGUGCUCCAAAUAGAGGGCGUUCUAGAUUUCGGUUUGUUGGCCGCUGUGCUAACACUGUUGUUGGUUUUGGGGCUGCAUUUCUACAAGGAUGACGGCAACAACUACCAAUUACGUUUGGCCAUGCUUUAUGGCUUUGGAUUUUUCGCUGGCCAGACCAUAGGGCCGCUGCUGGGAUGCGUAGGCCGCAUCGAUCCUUCCAUUAUCGUCACAGCCCUGAUCGGGACCUUUUUUACCUUCAUCACCCUCUCCCUGACCGCACUGCUGUCCGAGCAAAGCAAGUACCUAUUUAUCGGCGGGACGUUGGUGAGCGCUUUGAACACUAUGGCCGUACUGAGUCUCUUCAAUAUGAUAGUGAAGUCGUAUGCGAUGCAAGUAAUCCAGCUCUAUGUGGGAGUUCUCGUUAUGUCCGCUUUUGUAGUCUACGAUACCCAAGAUAUUGUCGAGAAGUGCCGCAACGGACACCACGACUUUGUUCAGCACGCCAUGGAUCUGUUCUUUGACGUACUGAGCAUGUUCCGUCGUGUGCUACUCAUCUUGAAGCGCAAUGCGGAAGGAACAUAGAACGACCUCCGCAAGAAGAAUUAAGUUCGACAGCAGAAUUAAAAAAAAAUACAUCAAUUUCAAAAGGAUGCCUACAAAGACUGAUUAGGCUGGAAAAUUAGUCUUCUUUUGGCAAGAACUUUAAAAUUUAGCACUGUUUAUUUUGACUUUUAAAUUAGAAAAACCAUAUCGGAGUAAAGAAA